UGAUCCAAUAACUAGCUUACAUAAAAACUAGUUUAGUUAAGUUGACUUACAUAAAAAGUUGGUAAAAAAAAAAAAAGAAAGAGAGAAAAAGAAAGGACAAAAAAGAGAUUAGCAGCAAGAAGAAGAAAAUGAGAGAAAACGGCCAAAGUGAGUCCCCAAAUCCAAAUGCAUUCCGAAGAUAAAGCAGCAGUACCAGUGGAUUCUGAAUGACAUAUCUUCCAUGCUCAUUUUGUCCGCACACCCAAUUUCAAUUUAACCAAAUUUUUCUGGGAAAUCUUCUAACCAAUAAAAACUCUUACUUUACUUUUCUCUCUGCUUAAAUCUGCUGUCUUUUUGAUUGAAAUGGAGAUCGACAAAGCAAUUGGAGAUUGCAAUGAUCGAAGGCUGAAAACUAAGUACAACACUGCUGUUUAUGUCAUUCAGAGAGCUCUUGCUCUUUACAACAUUGAAGAGGUAGCUUUCAGCUUCAAUGGAGGGAAAGAUUCAACUGUUUUGUUGCAUCUACUAAGAGCUGGGCACUAUCUGCACCAACAGAAGCAAGCAAAGCAUGAUGAAGAUCCUGCACAUGAUCACUGCAAAUUUGCAAUUAGGACAAUAUAUUUUGAGAGCCCUAGUGCUUUUCCUGAAAUAAAUUCGUUCACUUAUGAAACAGCUACUACCUAUAAUUUGCAAUUAGACAUCAUUCGCCAGGAUUUUAAAUCUGGACUGGAGGGUUUGCUGAAGACUAAGCCUAUCAGAGCCAUUUUUCUAGGUGUCCGUAUAGGUGAUCCUACAGCGGUAGGCCAAGAGCAGUUCUCACCUAGUUCUCCUGGAUGGCCACCAUUUAUGAGAGUGAACCCCAUCCUAGAUUGGUCUUAUAGAGAUGUGUGGGCUUUCCUAUUGAAUUCCAAGGUACCUUACUGCAGCCUCUAUGAUCAAGGAUAUACUUCAGUCGGAAGUAUAUAUGAUACAGUUCCAAAUAAGCUGCUGUCUGUUAGCAAUCCCUCCAGCGGUAAAGUAGAGUAUAGGCCAGCGUACAUGCUUGCAGAUGGAAGAUCAGAAAGAGCCGGGAGAGCAAGGAAAUCUACUUAUGGAGCUGACAGUAGUAUUUCUCUGAGCAAUGGAGCAAGCAACGUGGAAUCACUACAAACUUGUAUUCCGACAGCUUCUGUUAUUGGUGUCGGGGAUGAGAUUCUGCUUGGUACUGUUGAGGAUCUUGUGGGGCCAUCGUUAUGCAGAAGACUCCAUUCCAUUGGUUGGCAAGUCACACAAUUUGAUGUCCUCCGAAGUGAUAUAGAUGCUGUUGCUGAAAGUGUUGAACGACAAAAGUCUACAAAUGACAUGGUAUUUAUCUAUGGUGGGAUUGGUCCAUUGCAUUCAGAUGCUACUCUUGCCGGCAUCGCAAAAGCAUUUGGUGUCCGCCUGGCACCUGAUGAAGAGUUUGAAGAAUACCUAACAAACAUUGUGGGCUAUCAGCAUACUGGUGACAGGAAUGAGAUGGCUCAACUACCAGAAGGUAUCACCGAGCUGUUGCAUCAUGAAAACCUGCCUGUGCCAUUGAUGAAGUGCCAGAAUGUGAUCGUACUUAUGGCAACAAAUCCACUGGAGCUGGACAAAGAAUGGAAUUGCUUGAUUGAGCUUACAGCUUCUAGUGGGCUUUUAACAUUGACAAAACCUUUUUCUUCUAAGUAUCUGACAACUAUUCUUUCAGAUGUGGAAGUUGCUCAGCCAUUGUCUGCACUGCGUCUUGACUUUCCUGAUCUGUAUAUUGGGUGCUAUCGGAAAUCCAGGAGUGGGCCUCUUGUGAUUACUUUGUUAGGGAAGGACCAAGGGAAAGUGCAGCUGGCAACUGAAGCACUUAUGAAGAAGUUUCAUCCAGGCUUUCCUCACUGCCUCGAUGAUCUUGGAGGCAGGUCAAUGUGGCGUGGCCUUAGAAAACUCGAAAUAUUGCACUAUGCACGAAAAUGGUUUCUCUUAGGGCUCUUCUUUUAGCUGAAUUUUUCUAGCUAAAAGUUGCAGAAUCUCUAUCCACCAGAUAACAUAUACGUUUAUAUAGAUUUGCAAAUGUAAAGAGAGGAUAAUAAACUAAACUUCGUAAUGGUCAUCUUCUCAAAUUUGUAUCUACUUUUAGAACAGGAUCAUUGUCCAAAAUGUUGAGUGAAAUUUCGGAUGCGUAUUCAUACCCGAUACUCAGUAAUUUUGUUCGAGUAACAUAUAUAGUUCCGGAGUGACAAUAUGGACACCUAAGAAUUGAGUGAAAGAUAGAAUGGGAUAUUUGUCGGUUGUAUCUCUUUAGUAGCUCAAGCCCAGUUGGAGUCCUAAGGCAGCAUGGACAACAAAGAGUGUCAUGAUCCCACUGCCUAAGAUGCCAUGAACAUUCCUUAGCCCAGGAUUUCC